AUGGCCGACACUGUGUCCAUAGAGAAAUAUAUGCAAAGUAAAUACAAAAAUACAAAGUACACAGUUGAGGAGGAACAGAAAAAGCCAUAUGUGAACCCCUGCUGCUACUACCCAUGUCAACACAAAGGUAUCUGUAUACAAACUGAACAAGACCAAUACCAGUGUGACUGUACCAGAACUGGGUACUAUGGGCCAAACUGCACCAUCCCAUUGCUAUGGACAAGGAUCUGGGAAGGCCUGAGUCCUAGCCCUUCCUUCACCCACUUCCUCCUGACCCAUGCUCGCUGGAUCUGGAAGUUGAUCAAUGCUACCUUCCUCCGAGAUGUUCUCAUGAGGAAUAUUCUUACAAGUCGAACAAACCUGAUUCCCAGCCCACCCACCUACAACUCGGUCCACGGCUACAUUAGCUGGGAGUCCUAUGCCAAUUUGAGCUUCUAUUCUCGAGUCCUACCCCCUGUACCUGAAGACUGUCCUACCCCCAUGGGGGUCAAAGGGAAGAAAGAGCUGCCAGAUCCAGAGGUGCUGGUCACAAGCUUCCUGCUCCGGAAAGAGUUUGUGCCAGACCCUCAGGGGAGCAAUCUUAUGUUUGCCUUCUUUGCCCAACACUUCAUCCAUCAGUUCUUCAAGACGUCUGGAAAGAUGGGUUCUGCUUUCACCAGUGCUCUGAGUCAUGGGGUAGACCUCAACCAAGUUUAUGGAGACAACCCACAGCGCCAGUACCAGCUACGCCUUUUCAAAGAUGGGAAGCUCAAGUUUCAGAUGUUGGAUGGGGAGAUGUAUCCACCUUCAGUGGCUGAGACUCAGGCAUUCAUGAAUUACCCAUCAAGUGUGCCUAAAAGUCACCAGAUGGCUGUGGGCAACGAGGAGUUAGGAAAGUUCCCAGGCCUCAUGAUGUAUGCUACAAUCUGGCUUCGGGAGCACAACCGUGUCUGUGACAUCUUGAGAGCUGAGCAUCCCUCCUGGAAAGAUGAGCAGCUCUUUCAGACGGCCCGACUCAUCCUCAUAGGUGAUUCUUUGAAAAUCUUAUAG